AGGGCGCACAAACACGUCACGCCGUCGCGCUACCGUCGACGUGAAUCUGGCUGUGAGAUCCCAAGAUCGGGUCGCGGUCGCCGUUAUAGGCGGGAGGAAAGUGUCGCGCGGAAAGAGGCUGGUGAGCCGGGAGCCGUUGCUACGGGAUUGCGAAGAGAGCUGGCCCUUCGACAGCUUCCUAGCCACGAAGAAGGGGUUGCGUCAUCGUGCGCCUCGACUACGGCGAGCGAUAUUCGACGGUGGUUGUCGGCGCGCUUGGCUCGCUACACCGCGAGUGGAGAGAGGUCGCAAAAGAGGCGGUAAACUAGCAUUGAUCGAGACUGGUGAUUCGUCGCAUGCUCAUCCCGGCGGCUCCUGUAAGAGGUCGACCGCGGUGAAGGAGAAAGAGACGAAACGGGAGAAAGAAGGUACGAACGAAGCAAGGGGCGGAGGUGGGUAAGGCAAUCGGUAUAUAUACAUACAUAGAGAAAGAGGGAUAGAGAGCCGCGAAAACAGAGAGGUGAGGCGAUCGCGCGCGGUUGGAGCGAACAAAAGGGAUAUACAUACCGCGGCGACCGAGCAAGGCGAGGCAAGCACGGCUAGACUCGCUACAGAAUGGCGUGGGGCUACUGGAGCGCGACUUCCGUCAGCGACCGGGGUCGGUCACCUCGCCGCGAAAAGGACAAACAGCAUCAGAGCUUGUAUCAGCAUCAGCCACCAUCGCAGCAACAGCAGCAACAAAUGCACCAGACGGAGCUGUCCGCGCAGAGCACUUACGCUAGCAUACAGGAGGCGCGAGAGCUCGGCGUGGCCACCCCCGCCGGCGUGGGGGUCGCGACGGAGGAACCACCCUGCAGCAUGAUGAUCCAGGGUGGUUCCUUCUACUCAUACUCGGCGGCGACAGCGGCCGCAGCGGCCGCCGCGGUGAGCCGCCGUAUCUCCACCGUCGUCGAAGGUAGUGGUGGUGGUCCGUCCUCCCUCACCUCUACCGGCAUUCAGGUGUUACCGCGGGAGCGCCACGUGAAACCCGGCACCAGCACGCAUCCACCGUCGCCAGGUAGCGGCGACUCGGCCGAGUACGAGCAACCGUUCGUCGGUCAUCUGCGCACCGCCGACAUCUCACCACCGCCCCCUUGCCUCGGUAGUCCACCGCAUCUCCAUCAUUAUCAUCAUCUCCACCAUCACGACGACAUUUUCGCGCAACCCGGCACCUCGUCCAGGGUGACGAAGCACCACCCAUGCCCGCCAGACACCGUCGAGGGGAUGGACGAGCUGUCCGAGGCCGAGCUGGAGGAAGUGGCGGCAAACGCCGAACUUAUUUACGGCAUCGGACCUACCGCGACGUGCCGGGUGCACGGGCCGUGCAGUCAGCAGCAGUUACCGCCACCGCUGGAAUCCGCGCUCUCGAUGACGUCGCUGCUCGACAUUGAGCCCGCGGGCCCUUCGACACGCGGCCCCUGCGGGCCGCAGUUCCAGUUCAACGAGAUUACUUGGGUUUUUCCUAACGUGCCGCCCGCCCCCGGGAUGCCGUGCCAGGGAGAAGACAGAAGCAUCUACAGACGUGGUGCUCGUAGAUGGAGGAAGCUGUACCGAGUGAAUGGCCAUAUUUUUCAGGCGAAACGAUUCAACCGGAGAGCCUUCUGCGCGUUUUGCCAAGAUCGGAUUUGGGGUCUCGGCCGACAGGGAUUCAAGUGCAUCCAAUGCAAACUGCUCGUUCACAAAAAAUGUCACAAGGUAGUGCGCAAGCCGUGCCUGAGUCUGCAGCAGCAGCAGCAGAGUUCGGAGUCGCAGACGAUCGACAGAAAUGGCGACCAAGAACUUGAUCCGUAUCGCGGUCCAGCGACUCAUCUCGAGGAUGAGCUCACAGAAUCACCAAUCAUUGAGGAGCAUUCGCGUGAUCGAAUCGGACGUGAGGAAGGGGAGGAACUGCCAUUGGACACGUUGAAUGAGGGCGAUUCUUCGAACGACAUGCAACGGCAGUACUCAUUGAACGAUUUCGAGCUGAUCAGGGUGAUCGGUCGUGGUUCCUACGCAAAAGUUUUGAUGGUAGAGCUGAAACGUACCAAGAGGAUCUACGCCAUGAAGGUAAUCAAGAAGUCCCUGGUGACAGACGACGAGGACAUCGAUUGGGUGCAAACGGAAAAACAUGUUUUUGAGACGGCUUCAAAUCAUCCCUUUUUGGUGGGUCUGCAUUCCUGCUUCCAAACGCCUUCACGUUUGUUCUUCGUGAUCGAAUUCGUACGUGGUGGCGAUCUCAUGUUCCACAUGCAAAGACAGCGUCGGCUUCCUGAGGAUCACGCGCGGUUUUACGUAGCUGAGAUCAGCCUGGCAUUAAAUUUUCUACAUGAGAAGGGUAUCAUAUAUAGGGAUUUAAAGCUGGAUAAUGUACUGCUUGAUCACGAAGGACACGUUAAGCUUACGGAUUAUGGAAUGUGCAAGGAGGGUAUCCGGGAGGGCGACAAUACCGGCACCUUCUGUGGUACUCCCAAUUACAUUGCUCCUGAAAUUCUACGUGGCGAGGAAUACAGCUUUUCAGUGGACUGGUGGGCUUUAGGGGUUUUGCUAUAUGAGAUGUUGGCAGGUCGUAGCCCCUUUGAUCUUACCGGCGCAGCCGAAGAUCCGGACAAGAACACUGAAGAUUUCCUAUUUCAAGUUAUUCUGGAGAAAACUAUACGUAUACCGCGAUCCUUAUCUGUUAAGGCUGCGUCUGUCCUUAAAGGAUUUCUUUGCAAAGAUCCUGCAGAGAGACUGGGUUGCAGGAAAAGGCCUGCUGGUUUUCGCGACAUUCUCGAUCAUGCUUUCUUUAAAGCAAUCGAUUGGGAAAUGCUGGAGCAAAAACAAGUUACACCACCUUACAAGCCACGUUUGGAAUCCGAUCGCGAUCUCGCAAACUUCCCGCCCGAAUUUACAGAUGAGGAAGUCCGCUUGACUCCGGAUGAUCCGAAGCAAAUUGAGAAGAUCGAUCAGAGUGAAUUCGAUGGUUUUGAAUAUGUGAAUCCUCUAUUAAUGUCACUGGAGGACUGCGUGUGACAAGAGCCACUUUUCAUUGUGCAGCGUCACAAUCAAGACCAGUAUCAGCAGUAUCAACAAUAUCAGCAACUGCAACAGUGCUACAUGUAUGAGUUGCAAGAUAGACUCGCGAAACUUCGUAUCGAUCCCCUGUACCCUGUUGUCGGCUCAAGCAAUCAAGGUUAUCACAAUAAUGUUUUUCUAAUGACG